AUGGGCCUUGCAUAUCGGGGUUUAUUUUUGAUUGAUCCGAAUGGUGAAAUUCGUCAUUCGCUUGUGAACGACCUUCCAGUUGGACGCAGUGUCGAUGAGGCGCUUCGCACUCUGAAAGCUUUCCAGUUUGUGGAGAAGCAUGGUGAGGUGUGCCCAGCGGAUUGGAAUGACGAUAAGCCAACAAUUAAACCAGGCGUAAAGGAGUCGAAGGAAUACUUCAGCAAGGUCGCAGGUCGCAAAUGA